GAGGCUGGGAUUAGAUAACAACACUCAACAAACAACCAGUCAUCAUUCCUAUACUGUACUUACUGGGACUGCCACGUUAGCAUAGGUGUGGCAAACACUUUUUACUACUUGCACAGUUCUAAAAGUAUGGAUUUUUUACCACUUACAUCUUAAGGACAAGUAUAUCACUGCUGCAAUGUGAAAAAUGCAAUAAAAUAUUAAUUGCAACUAGUAAUUGAACAAGAAAAUGGCUUCUGGAGGGGUAGACAGUUUUAGUAUUUUAUGCCGUGACUGUAAUAAGGUAGUUGAGGUUUAUAAUGGUGAUGUUCAGUCAUCAAUGGAAUUACAUCGCAAGAAAAUGCAUUCAUCACCAAAUAAACCAAGACAUGAUUCUCCCCUUGUUUUAAGAGGCAGAAAAAUAUAUGAAAAUAUAGACAAAAGAGAUUAUGAAACUUUUUCCUGCCCAAUUUGCAAAAACAAUGUUAAAAUUUUGAAAAGUAAUUUCAAACGUGGCAUUCAAGAACAUCUUGAAACACAUAAUCAAGUGGAUGUCAAACCUCAGUCAGACGAUCAGUUAUACACUUUCAGUGGAAUCAAAAACUGGAUUGAAAAUUCCAACAUGUCAGAAAAGUCUGCUGAAACCAACAGUAAUCAAAGAAAAAAUAAUCAAAGAAGACAUAAUGUUGAAAGAAACACUCUUAUAUUACCUCCUGAUAUUAGAUCACAAAGAGGUUAUGUUGUUGAGAGAGGAGACAAUUUUUUUUGCAAUAUUUGCUCAACAACAUUUGAUCCUACAAAUGUUGCUGAACAUCUAAAAACCAAGACUCAUGAAGAUAAUGUCAUUUUGUUUUUGAAAGAAAAACUCCCCAUGCAUCUUCAAAAUUCAAUGGAGUUUAUUUCAUUCUACAACUCAAAUCUGAGUUGCAAUUUGUGUAGAUGUAAAGUUUUUCUGAACUCUUUCAAUCCAUAUGAAACUAUUUUCCAUAUAAUAUCACAUAAUUCUGACAAAAGUCACACUAGUAAACGGUCAAAAAAUGAGCCCAAUGCACCAGAUGAUGAUGCCUCUUCACUGUUGAAAUCCCUUGCAGAAAAAUACCCAUUAGUAAACAGUAGCAAACACUUGAUUGAAACCUGUAUGGAGCCACAGUUCAAAUGUAAAUUGUGUGAUAAGAAUAUUAUGUACAGUGAUAAGGAAAACAUCCUAGCAAAAAACUUUACCACUCACUUGAAUAGCUCAACACACAAGAAAAGCGAAAAGGCUGAAAGUGUUCUCAAAUCAUUUGAAUCUUUAAAUAUAAAUGGCCAAAGAAAUCACAAGUUUAUUGUAGCAAAUGGCGCAAUAACUUGUGUUGCUUGCAAAAUUAAAACAGAAGCUGACAUCAGCAAGUUAAUAGAUCAUAUUCAAGAAGUGAAUCAAUCAAAACAGAGUAAUCAUGGCCCUAGUUUUACAGGUCACUCAAACCAGUCAGUAAAAAGCCAUCAAUCAGAUAAAUCAUCAGACUCAAGAGCAAAUCAGAAAGGAUCUUUUGUGAGGAAUUUCAAUAAAGAUCACAACACACAAUCAAACGCUAACACAGCAAAUUCAAGAGUUAAGAAACCCAAUAUCGGUCACUUGCUUAAGACUUUACAGCAAGAAUUUGGAAACAUUGAAACAAUAAUUCAACACAGCAACGGUAGGAUUACGUGUAUUGUUUGCAACUGCCCAAUACGUCCAACCGAAAAUAACAUCAAAAUGCAUCUUUUAGAAGCCUCCCACAAAGAGAAUGAACAAACAAAAAUGCGGCAAUCAGCAAAAGCAGCUUUGGAUCUUUUGGGAGGAAAUAAUCCACAGAACACAGUUGAACAGCUUUUCCAGUCUCUUCCUCAGAUUUUUCAACAGGACAAACCAUUUAUCAAAGACAGCCCUAUUGAUGGAUAUAUUGUCUGCUCACUUUGUGAAUGUGUGAUCAAUCCUCAUUAUUUUAGCAACCAUCUCGUUGAUGAAAAUCACUUGCGAGAGAAGAAAAAACUGUUUGGAUCAUCAUAAAACCUAAGAAAAUACAGGUAGAAGAUUUAUUUAGAAAUUAUUUAUUCAACUUAAUAGUGUAUAGAAUCAAAGUUAUAAAUCUAAUUUGUUAUACACAUUUAUUUGAUUAAUAUCACAAUAUGUAACCAUAUGACACAUGAUAUAUAAUAGAUUGGAUCAAUUUUAAACUUAAAUUCUUGAAUACUAUAUUAAUAUCGUGAAUAGUUUCACACUUAAUGUUUUGUAUGGAUCCUUUCACAAAUAAGGAUUUUAAUACAAAAUUAUAAAAAAAGUUUGUAUAGGGAAGGGCUAGAUUAUACAGAAUGAAUGUUUAAAGUUUAAAAAUACUCUUCCUGCUAAUAGAGAUGUUUGUGUUUGUUCACAUACACAUAAGAUUUUAAUUUGUUUAAUGUUCUUAAAAAUGUAUUUUCAGAAAUACUUCUUACGUUUUUCAACGUUUGAAAUAAACUUUCAUGCAUUAUUGUGAUUCAAAAGUUUAUUAAUACACACAGAAUAUGCCACAACAAAGUUGAUAUAAUAAGCUCACAAGGAAACAAUAUUUUCAAUUCAAAUCAACAGAAUAUAUUAUGUAAAAAGCAGUUUCAAAAGAAUAGAGCUGUUAGUGAAUCACAAAAUCAUGCAUAAGUAUCAUAAAGAUAGCGGUUUUUAUAACCAUUUUAAUUAAUUGUGUACACUAUAGACUUAAUAACUAAGGUGACUAAGUGACUAUUAAUCAGUGUUGUAGAGCAAACCUUUUUUUUAUUUACUUAGGGUUUGAAAUAUAAUAUUUAUUAAUUUAUUAACAUUAAGAUAACUGUGUAGAACCUUUAAAAAGUCCAGACUAUUAGGGAAAUGGACUAACAUUCAGAGCCUGGGAGUCACCAAUUUAAAUUUUGUUGUUUUUGAAAUUUUACUGUGCCAUAGUUAUUUACUUAUUUAAAUUACAUUCCAUAAAUUUUUACACAGAGUCGCCUAACAAUAUAUCAAUAACAAAAACUGUCUAAAUUUAAUUUUUAAUGAUUUAUUAUUUUAUAUUAUUUAGAGAGUUUAUUGAAUAAUAUGAGUCUGCUUGGGACAAAAGAUUUCUAAAUACAGUAAAUUUAGUCUGUGAUGAUGAGGUUUAGAGAUUUUAUUGUACAUUACAUUAAGUUUUGAAUUUAUUAUUGUUAUUAUUAGAAAAUAAAAUUGUCUUUUGAGAUUAUUAUGAAAAUAUAACGAGGAACUUGUAUAGUAAAA